UUGAAAAGCGCCACACCCUUGUGUUGUGGCGAAACUUGUUCCUUACAUUCCAGCAUAUGCAAAGAUACUCGCACGUGCACAGCGGCGCACACAAACAGCUGUUCCACAGCUGUAGUUUGGGCUCCACUCCUCGAUUACCGGUUACCGCUCGCACCGAAGAAAGCGUCGCUCCACAACAUAUGAGGCGUGCGUGUGCACGUGCGUAUAAAAAGACGUCAAGCGAGGACGCGGAUUUCAGAUCUGUGCAGUCGGUGCGGUGGAGCAGUGUGCGUCAUACUUACCCGGACCUGGACUACAUCAGGACAAAAUCAGGAUGUCUGCGGAGAUAUUUGGGAAGCAGACCACGAUCGAGCUGAGGAAGAAGCACAUCGGACCAUCAUGUAAGAUUUUGUUCAGCAACGACCCGGUCAAAAUUGUCCAGGCCAAAGGCCAGUUCAUGUAUGAUGAAACAGGACAGCGCUACCUAGACUGCAUCAACAAUGUGGCUCAUGUGGGCCACUGCCACCCAGAGGUGGUGCGGGCCGGACAACAGCAGAUGGAACAACUCAACACCAACUCACGUUUCCUGCAUGACAAGCUCGUCCUCUACGCACAGAGGUUGCAAGCAACGUUGCCAGAGAAGCUGUCUGUGUGUUAUUUUGUCAACUCUGGCUCUGAAGCUAAUGACCUGGCCCUUCGACUGGCAAGGCAGUACAGAGGCCACCGAGAUAUUAUUACGCUGGAAAAUGCGUACCACGGCCACGUCUCCUCGCUCAUUGACAUCAGCCCCUAUAAGUUCCACCAGCUGUCAGAUGCUGAGCAGAAUCCAUUUGUUCAUGUGGCUCCCAGCCCAGAUGUGUACAGAGGCAAAUACAGAGCGGACCACCCUGACCCUGCCACAGCAUAUGCACAUGAAGUCAAAGACAUAAUAGAGAGAGUUGACCGAAAAGGAGGCAAGAUUGCUGCGUUUAUCGCUGAGUCAUUGCAGAGCUGUGGUGGGCAGGUUAUUCCCCCCGUUGGCUACUUCCAGCAAGUGGCAGCCCAUGUACACAAGGCGGGGGGUGUUUUCAUUGCGGACGAAGUCCAGGUGGGAUUCGGCCGUGUGGGCACCCACUUCUGGGCCUUCCAGCUUCAAGGGGAAGACUUUGUGCCGGACAUUGUGACCAUGGGAAAGCCAAUCGGCAAUGGUCAUCCCAUGUCAUGUGUGGUGACGACCAAAGAGGUGGCAGAGGCCUUCAUGUCAUCAGGAAUGCAGUAUUUCAAUACAUUUGGUGGUAACCCAGUGUCGUGUGCCAUCGGUCUGGCAGUUUUGGAUGUGAUUUCCAAGGAGGAUCUACAGGGUAAUGCAUUACGCGUGGGUAAAUACCUGACCAGUCGUCUUGAAAAGCAGAAAGAGAAGCAUCCUCUGAUUGGAGACAUCAGGGGCUGCGGCCUCUUUGUCGGAGUCGAGCUAGUGAAGGACAGAGUGAAGCUCAUUCCCGCUACAGCAGAGGCUCAAGAAGUCAUAUACAGGCUAAAGAAACAGCUAGUUCUCCUGAGUGCUGAUGGCCCUCAUCGCAAUGUACUCAAACUCAAACCCCCCAUGUGCUUCACUACUGAGGAUGUCGACCUGGUGGUGGAUAAAAUCGACCAGAUUCUUACAGAACUUGAGGAUGCCCUGGGUUUGAAGUUUCAGAAUACAGAAAAUGAAUCUAGUAAAAGAAAGCAGAUGGUUGAUGAGAUUGGACUCAAGUGUCGCAGCGAUUUGGUUAACACCAAAGGAAACAAUCAAGCCGUACUUGGACAAAAAACUAAACGUGUGAAGACAUAACAACUGAUGAGACCAUCACAGUGUUCCUACUCCACAUAUAAUUCAUACCAGAUGUUCUAAAUGUGAAGGGAACAUAAUUCUCCAGAGAAAGUGCACAAAAACUUUCUUUGAUGACAAAUAUUUUUAUAUUGAUAUUGGUGUAUAAUUUUAGAAAGUAUUUUACAAUUACACUUGAAUUAUAAAAAAAAAACAUUCUAAAUGUUAUCCUACAAAGCAACACUUUAAUUGUUAAAAUGCCCUUUAAUAUGACCUUUAGGUUUUUAAUAAAUUGAAUAUUGUGUGACUAGAAGUGGAGUGUUAGUGGGAAUUUUGCCAUUGAAAUUCUAAAUCUGAAAUCUAGUCAGGUUAAAACAAAUUCCUGUUGUUUAGAAUUUAUGUUAUAAACCAAAUUUUUAAAGCUUUGUUAAAGGACCAUGUGGUAAAUGUGGUUUAAUCCUGAUUAAUUGUGACAUUGUUGUGUUGUAAUUAAUCAAGGUUAAUUGAGAUUUCUUUGUCUUUGGACAUGAAAUACUUUAAUAAUAUAUAUUUUUAAAUGUUUCUGCUGUCAUUUUACAUUAGUUUUCUGCAUUGUUUUGCCUUAAAUGUUUUCAUGUAGGCACCAAAAUUGCAUUUUGCUGCUUUACACUGCAUUUCUCAUGCAUUAAUGUUUACAGGGCUGUGUGAUGACUGUUUAAUUCGGGGCUCAAGUGACCGCAUUCAACCUUUAACUAUUUUUUUCUCUCUCGUAGUGUCAGAUAGUGUCUUUAAAUGUGACGAGCACGGACAUAAUGGACUUUUGUCGCCACCUUCUGGGGCUUAAAUGACAUUGCUCAUGUGGAUUUUCAAUUUCGAGAGCGCCUCACAAGUGUAUCAGUGUCUUUGGUCGGCUCAGUUCGGUUCAGUCCUUCUGUUUGUUACAACCAGUCAAGACAAAAAAGGUUCAACAUGUUAAUGAUAAAUGCAAACAAAAGAGCAACCUGUUCUCAAAUGGAGAUUUAUUUCACAAUGUCGUACAAAAAUGGCUUUGUGACAGUUGCAAUGCUAUUCAUUUGCUGCACCACUUUGUAAGUGCCCCCCUCUGCAGUGCUAAUCUGGUUUCCAUGUAAAAGGCUCUGUUCCAAAA